ACGAUGAGGACCUAGGGCAUCUGCCAGCUGACUGUCCCCCCUGGCCUGGAGUGACCAUGGCCCCCCGCAAGAGGAGCCGCCAUGGCCUGGGCUUCUUGUGCUGCUUUGGGGGCAGUGGCCUCCCUGAGAUCAACCUCCGAGACAACCACCCUCUGCAGUAUAUGGAGUUUUCAAGUCCUAUCCCGAACCAAGAGGAGCUCAAUGUCCGCUUCGCAGAGCUGGUGGAUGAAUUGGAUCUCACCGACAAAAACCGAGAGGCUGUGUUUGCACUGCCUCCGGAGAAGAAAUGGCAGAUCUACUGCAGCAAGAAGAAGGAGCAGGAGGACCCCAACAAGCUGGCAACCAGCUGGCCUGACUAUUACAUCGACCGCAUCAACUCUAUGGCUGCCAUGCAGAGUCUGUAUGCCUUUGAUGAGGAAGAGACGGAGAUGAGGAACCAAGUUGUGGAAGACCUGAAGACAGCUCUCCGGACACAACCCAUGAGGUUUGUGACACGCUUCAUUGAGCUGGAGGGUUUGACCUGUCUGCUGAAUUUCCUCCGGAGCAUGGACCACGCCACCUGCGAAAGUCGCAUCCACACCUCCCUCAUUGGUUGCAUCAAGGCUCUGAUGAACAACUCCCAGGGGCGAGCGCAUGUGCUGGCACAGCCCGAGGCCAUCAGCACCAUUGCACAGAGUCUGCGCACAGAGAACAGCAAGACCAAGGUGGCCGUGCUGGAGAUCCUGGGUGCCGUGUGCUUGGUGCCUGGUGGCCACAAGAAGGUGCUGCAAGCCAUGCUCCACUACCAGGUGUACGCAGCUGAGCGGACACGCUUUCAGACACUGCUGAAUGAGCUAGACCGAAGUUUGGGCCGGUACCGGGAUGAAGUGAAUCUGAAAACAGCUAUCAUGUCCUUCAUCAACGCUGUCCUCAAUGCUGGAGCUGGAGAGGAUAAUCUGGAGUUCCGCCUUCAUCUACGGUAUGAGUUCCUGAUGCUGGGGAUCCAACCUGUGAUUGACAAACUCCGGCAGCACGAGAAUGCCAUCCUGGACAAGCAUUUAGACUUCUUUGAGAUGGUCCGGAAUGAGGAUGACCUGGAACUAGCCAGGAGGUUUGACAUGGUCCACAUCGACACCAAGAGUGCUUCCCAGAUGUUUGAGCUGAUCCACAAGAAGCUAAAGCACACCGAGGCCUACCCCUGCUUGCUAUCUGUUCUACACCACUGCCUUCAGAUGCCCUACAAGCGGAACGGUGGCUAUUUCCAGCAGUGGCAGCUCCUGGACCGGAUCCUUCAACAGAUUGUCCUCCAGGAUGAGAGGGGUGUGGACCCUGACCUGGCUCCCUUGGAGAACUUCAACGUCAAGAACAUUGUCAACAUGCUCAUCAAUGAGAAUGAAGUGAAACAGUGGCAAGACCAGGCAGAGAAGUUCCGGAAAGAACACAUGGAGCUGGUGAGCAAGUUAGAGAGGAAGGAGCGAGAAUGUGAGACAAAGACAUUGGAGAAGGAAGAGAUGAUGCGGACACUGAACAAGAUGAAGGAUAAACUGGCCCGAGAGUCCCAGGACCUGCGCCAGGCUCGAGGACAAGUGGCAGAACUGGUAGCCCAACUCAGUGAAAUCUCAACAGGACCUGUAUCUUCCCCACCUCCCCCUGGGGGCCCACUUACCUUGUCUUCCUCAAUGACAACCAAUGACCUGCCUCCACCUCCGCCCCCUCUCCCAUUUGCCUGCUGUCCUCCACCUCCACCACCACCUCUUCCACCUGGUGGGCCUCCCACUCCCCCCGGUGCCCCACCGUGCUUCAGCAUGGGCCUGCCUCUCCCUCCAGACCCCUGCCCCAGCAAUGACAUCCCACUCAGGAAGAAGUGUGCUCCCCAGCCUUCCCAUCCACUGAAGUCCUUCAACUGGGUCAAGCUGAAUGAGGAACGUGUCCCUGGCACUGUAUGGAAUGAGAUUGAUGACAUGCAGGUAUUUAGGAUUCUGGACCUAGAGGACUUUGAAAAAAUGUUUUCAGCUUAUCAGAGGCACCAGAAAGAGCUGGGCUCCACAGAGGACAUCUACCUGGCCUCCCGCAAGGUCAAAGAGCUAUCAGUCAUUGACGGCCGAAGGGCUCAGAACUGCAUCAUCCUUCUCUCUAAGUUGAAGCUUUCUAAUGAGGAGAUCCGGCAGGCCAUCUUGAAGAUGGAUGAACAGGAGGACCUUGCUAAGGACAUGCUGGAGCAGCUCCUCAAGUUCAUCCCAGAGAAAAGUGACAUCGACCUCCUCGAGGAGCACAAGCAUGAGAUAGAGCGGAUGGCCCGCGCUGACCGCUUCCUCUAUGAAAUGAGCAGGAUCGACCACUACCAGCAGCGACUGCAGGCCCUGUUCUUUAAGAAGAAGUUCCAGGAGCGGCUGGCCGAGGCCAAGCCCAAAGUGGAAGGUAUGGUUGAGGGUGUGGGGAAGCCUAGAGUGAAGAGGCAUGUGGGAGGGCCCGGAGGUGGAAAUCAAUGA